GAGUGUGGCAAAGGAUUUUCUAGUCCUUCAUAUCUUAAGUAUUAAACUCACUGAUUCAUGAAGAUAGGAACUUUCGUGGAAUCACUGUGUCUGUCAUUAGAGCCUGAUCUGAGGCAGCCAGACAAAUCCAGCAACUCUAGAAAUCUCCAUACCUGGGUUCCGGGAAUUCUUUCGCACAGACUUCUGGGAAAUGUAGUCUGCGGCACAGUGACAUCACUGGGAGCCAUGCAGGAAAUCCCAGUCUGGCUUUUGAUCUACACUUGUGAGUCUCCCUCAAAGUUUGGCAAAAGUCCUGCCCUGCUCUACAUUCCUCUUGCGUCUCUGACAUGGAGGAAAUGCUGUCAUUCUGGGAUGUAGCCAUUGAUUUCUCUCCAGAGGAGUGGGAAUGCCUGGAGCCUGUUCAGUGGAAUUUGUACAGGGAUGUGAUGUUGGAGAAUUACAGCAACCUCGUGUUCCUUGGUCUUGCUGUCUCUAAGCCACGCCUGGUGACAUUUCUGGAGCAAAAGCAAGGGCCUUGGGAUGGGAAGAUACAGCCCUCUGGCACCAUGCACCCAGGAACAACACCCAGUGAUUGUAACAAUUACAACAAGGUCAUUGAUUGUAAAUCACUCCUUAUUCAACGUCAGAAAAUUCAUACAGGGGAGAAACCUUACAGGUGUGAGGAAUGUGGUAAGGCCCUUAGUUCUCACAAAACACUUUCCAUACACCAGAGACUUCAUACUGGAGACAAACCCUACACAUGUAAAGAAUGUCAUAAGACCUUUAAUACUCGUGCAUCACUUUUUAUACACCAGAAAAAUCAUACUGAUGAAAAAACCUUCAAGUGUGAAAAAUGUGGCAAAUUAUUUCAUUAUCUUUCAAUGCUGAAGCAACAUCAAAGAAUUCAUUCUGGAGAGAAGCCCUACAAGUGUGAAGAAUGUGGAAAGGCCCUUAGUUCUCAAAAAACCCUCUCUAUACACCAGAGACUUCAUACUGGAAACAAACCCUAUAUGUGUAAGGAAUGUCAUAAGACCUUUAAUACUCGCUCAUCACUUUUUAUACACCAGAAAAAUCAUACAGAUGAAAAACCCUACAAGUGUGAAGAAUGUGGCAAAUCCUUUUGCUAUCCCUCAUUCCUUAAGCAACAUCAAAGAAUUCAUUGUGGAGAAAAUCCCUACAAGUAUGAAGAAUGUAAUGCACGCCUUCAGGAAUAUCACACAAUUCACACUGGAGAGAAACCAUACAAGUGUGAAGAAUGUCACAAAACCUUUCGUUAUCACUCAGCUCUUAGGAUACACAAGACAGUUCAUAGUGGAGAGAAACCGUACAAGUGUGAAGAAUGUGGCAAAUGUUUUUCCUCAUUUUCAUGCCUUAGACGACAUCAAACAAUUCACUCUGAAGACAAUCCCUACAAGUGUGAAGUGUGUGGCAGACGUUUUUGCUCAUCUUCAUCCCUUAGACGACAUCAAACGUUCCAUUCUGAAGACAAUCCCUAUAAGUGUGUAGAAUGUGGCAAAAGGUUUUCCUGUUCUGCUAGCCUUCAGGAACAUCAAACAGUUCACACUGGAGAGAAACCACACAAGUGUGAAGAAUGUCACAAAGCCUUUCGUUAUCACUCAGCCCUUAGGAGACACAAGAGAGUUCAUACUAGACAGAAAUGCUACCAGUGUACUGAGUGUGGCAAAUGUUUUUCCUCAUCUUCAUGUCUUGGACGACAUCAAGCAAUUCACACUGAAGACAAUCCCUACAAGUGUGCAGAGUGUAGCAAAGCCUUUGUUAAUCUUUAUAGCCUUACUCGACACAUGAUAGUUCAUACAGGAGAGAAAUCCUACAAAUGGCUUAAAAAGUUUACUUGUUCAGACCUUAAGACACAUCAAAUGACUCAUUCUGAAAAAUCAGCAUUUCUGUGUCCAGAUUUUGAGAAACAAAGGUGCGUCUUCCUCAAACUUGGGCGAGAGUCCUGCCGGCUCUACAGUCCUGUUUCGUCUCUGACAUGGAGGUUGGUCCAGGGUGCAGCGCAGCCUCAGGCACUGUGCGGGGUUCGGGGGUCCGACUUGGAGGGAGCGGACCUGGGCUGGGAAAUGCUGUCAUUCUGGGAUGUGGCCAUUGAUUUCUCUCCAGAGGAGUGGGAAUGCCUGGAGCCUUCUCAGUGGAAUUUGUACAGGGAUGUGAUGUUGGAGAAUUACAGCCACCUUGAUUUCCUGGGUCUUGCUGUCUCUAAGCCCUUCCUGGUGACAUUUCUGGAGCAAAGACAAGGGCCUUCAGGUGUGAAGAGACAAGCAACAGCCACCGAGCAUUCAGGGACAACACACAAUGAAUGUAAUGAUUACAGCAAGGUCUUUGGUGGUAAUUCACUCCUUAUUCAACGCCAGAGAAUUCAUACAAGGGAGAAACCCUUCAAAUGUGAAGAAUGUGGUAAAGCCUUUAGUUCUCACUCAACACUUUCUACACAUCAGAGACUUCAUACUGGAGAAAAACCCUACAAGUGUGAAGAUUGUUGUAAGACCUUUAAUACUCGCUCUAAACUUUCUAUACACCAGAGAAUUCAUACUGGAGAAAAACCCUACAAGUGUGAAGAAUGUCAUAAGGCCUUUAGUACUCGUUCAACACUUUCUGUACACCAGAAAAAUCAUACUGGAGAAAAACCCUAUAAGUGUGAAGAAUGUGGCAAAUCAUUUUACUAUCCAUCAAUGCUGAAGCAACAUCAAAGAAUUCAUUCUGGAGAAAAACCCUAUAAGUGUGAAGAGUGUGGCAAAGCUUUUUAUGAUCCUUCAUUCCUUAAGAAACAUCAAAGAGUUCAUUGUGGAGAGAAACCCUACAAGUGUGAAAAAUGUGGCAAAUGUUUUUCUUAUUCUUCAGACCUUAAAAUACAUCAAAGAAUUCACUCUGAAGACAAUCCCUACAAGUGUGGGGAAUGUGGCAGAGCCUUUUCUAAGCUUUCUACCCUUGCUAAGCACAAGUUUGUUCAUUCUAGAGAGAAAUCGUACAAGUGUGAAGAGUGUGGGAAAGCCUUUGCUUCUAAAUUUUCCAUGAUUCAGCACAAGUUAGGUCAUAUUGGAGAGAAAUCCUACCAAUGUGAAGGAUGUGGCCAAAUGUUUUACUCUACUUCUGACCUAAAGAAACAUAGAAGACUUCACUGUCAAGAGAAACUGUACAAGUGUGAAGUCUGUGGAAAAGCCUUUUCUAGCAAUUCUUCCCUGACUCAGCACAAAAUAGUCCAUACUGGAGAGAAGCGACACAAAUGUGAAAGGUGUGGCAAAAAGUUUGCCUAUCCUUCAAAACUGAAGAGGCAUGAAAGAAUUCACCGUGGAGAGAAACCCUACAUAUGUGUAGUGUGCGGCAAGAUCUUUUGUACUCAUGCAGAACUUUCUGUACACAAGAGAUCUCACACUGUGGAGAAACCACACAAAUGUGAAGAAUGUGGCAAAACCUUUUGUAUGCUCUCAUACCUUCCUCUGCACAAAUUGCGUCAUACAGGGGAGAAAUCUUAUAAGUGUGAAGAAUGUGAAAAAAUGUUUUACUCUACUUUAGACCUUAAAAAACACCUAAUAAUUCAUACUGGAGAAAAACCAUACAAGUGUGAAGAAUGCCACAAAGCCUUUCGUAAUCAAUCAGCCCUUAAUAGACACAAGGCGGUUCAUACGGGAGAGAAACUCUACAAGUGUGACGAGUGUGACAAAGUCUUUACCUAUUCUUCAGACCUUAAAAGACAUCAAAAUAUUCACUCUGAAAACAACCCACACAAGUGUGGGGAAUGUGGCAAAGCCUUUGUUAAUCUUUAUAGCCUUACUCGACACAAGACAGUUCAUACUGGAGAGAAAUCCUACAAAUGUAAAAAGUUUACAUAUCUUUAGCACUUAAAAGACAUCAAAUAAAUCAUUCUGAAUACAAAUUCUGUGAGUUUGUGGAGUAUGGCAAAAUCUUUGGUAAUUGUCAGAACUUGUCCAACCCAAAUGAAUCCAUAGUGGAGAAUAUUAUUACCUUAGUUAUUUUAGA